AUGGCCAAAACGGCCAUGCGCGAUACCUCAGCUCCAAGAAGCCCAUGGUGUCGCUCUCCACCGCGAUCACCGGAGCAUCGGGACCUGCUGGCCAAGCGCCUGACGACGGUCGAGAAACUACGGCGAGAAAUGCUGGACAAGUGGGACAACAAGGCGCCGGCGCGGACUUCGAAGGAGAUCCCGAUUCCACUGCAUCCAGGCGAAACCUACGCGCACUACAAGCACGAGUUCGACCUGUGGCUGCGCAAGAAGAAGAACGAAAGCCUCGAAUCCAUCCGGCGGAAGGAUCCGAACUACGAACGCACAUUGUGGUUCUGCUACGCCCUCCAGCGAGCAGGGACCACCAACCGCGAGACGGCAGCGAUCCAGUCGGGAUCGGCGAAGCGGCCUCAGUCUGAAGCGCACUCGUACUAUGGGCCGCCACCUUCUGACAGCAAAAGGCAGCGGACCGAACGACCGGAUUCGGCUUCACAACAGCCAACGACCAGGAGCUCGGAAAAUGCACCGAGUGGCAGAGCGGAAUUCGACAUGUUGGCGCCUAAGGACAAAUCGGCGGAAGCCAAGACGCCGGAGGUCAAGGCGCCGCAAGCUGUGAAGCCAAGUGGUUCGGUGGAGAAUGACAACGCGCCAAAGGAUGAGACGCUAGGGAACAAGCUGCUGGAGGACAAGUCGCCGACAGCUGUGAAGCUGAGUGCAGAGUCGUCUUCGAAUCAAAACGAGGGCCCCCCCAAAGGUGAGACCGACUGA